UGCAGUUAAACUUAAAACCCCUCCUCCACAACAAAACAAUAAUCCCUUUUCUUAUUUCCUUUUAUUUUCUUCACAAUAUUUCUUUUUUAUUAAUUUCUCUCAUUUUUUUGAAUCCCGCGCAAUACCAAUUCUCUUCUUCACUUCUUCUUCUUCCACCUCUUCUUCUUCUGCCUUCGUUUUUAGGGCUUAUAACUUUCGCUUUCGCUUCCUCCAUUUUUUUCGCGCCCUAAUUCUCCCCGAAAUCUCGCGCCGUCCCCCGCGAAACUCGCUAAUCCGCACCCGCUCCGAUGGCGGAGCAGGCGGCUCCUCUCGGCGGCGGCGAUUCGUCGUCGGCGGCGAGGGCUCCGUCGUCGUUCGUGAAGAAAGGCGACCGGCAAAUGUUCACGGUGGAGCUCCGCCCCGGAGAGACCACCAUAGUGUCGUGGAAGAAGCUGAUGAAGGACGCCAACAAGGUUAACAAUGGAUCCGUUUCCGCUCCCGAGCACCACCCCAAUGUGAACCCUGCGCUCGAGUCAAGAAUCGCUCCGGGACAACCUAAGGAGAUUGAAGAGCAGGGUGCUCCUCAGACUAACCGUUUCAGUGCUGUAAUAGAGAAGAUUGAGCGCCUUUACAUGGGUAAGGACAGUAGUGAUGAUGAGGAUCUACUUGAUGUUCCCGAUGAUCAGUAUGAUACUGAAGACUCUUUUAUUGAUGAUGCUGAAUUGGAUGAGUAUUUUGAGGUCGAUAAUUCUGCAAUCAAACAUGAUGGCUUUUUUGUAAAUAGGGGGAAAUUGGAACGCAUAAAUGAACCUCCGGUAUUACCUAUCCAGCAAGCAAAGAAAAGGCGCCGAAAAGAUAUACCAAAGAAUCCUGGUGAAAAUAUUGAUGGUCAUGUAUCAAAUAAACAUGUGAAAGUGGGAAAGACUACUGCUGGAAAGGCUUCAUCAUUACAUGUGAAAAAUACAAUUAGUUCCUCAAAUAAUUUGGGUGUACCCAGUGAUCAUUGUGAAGACAUGAAAUUUCGGAAUCAAUUGGAUGUCUCUGGAAUUAGUUUGAAAAAGAAAACUUCUGACAGUAGACAAAUGUCUGAUCCUCCUGUCUGUUCGAAAGUAUCAACUGAUGAUGCUCCUACUGCUGCAGAAGAGGCUGAUAAACAGAAGACCGGAUCACUUCAAUCUAAGAACAUGAGUGAUAAAUAUAAAGAUGCAACUGGAUUUCUUGAUACUUCUCAUCAGAAGUACCAUGAAAAAAGUGCAUCUGCACAUUCCAAACCCCAGCCUGGAAAAACCUCAAGUAGUGUUGACAAUUUAGAAAACACUGGUCGGUCAAAGGAUAAAAUUGCCAUACGUGUACUGCCAGAUCUUAACUUAUCUGUCAUGGCAAAACCUGCUAUACAAGCACCACUUAUGCAGAAAUCUGAAAAUGUGCUCAAGAAGGAUGGUUCUAGUGCUAGGCCAAAAACUACAACGCUUGAGAAAGCUAUUCGAGAGUUGGAGAAGAUGGUUGCAGAAUCAAGGCCACCAACUAUGGAAAACCAGGAGGCUGAUACCACACCUCAGGCUGUCAAACGGAGAUUGCCCAGAGAAAUAAAGCUAAAACUUGCUAAAGUUGCUAGAUUAGCGCCGGCAAGCCAGGGGAAAGUAUCAGAGGAGUUAACUAACCGUCUUAUGAGUAUUCUUGGGCAUCUGAUGCAGCUCAGAACGCUAAAGAGAAACUUAAAAACUAUGAUCAGUAUGGGUUUAUCUGAGAAAAAUGAUAGGAUUCAACAGAUAAAGAAGGAAGUUGUUGAGAUGAUUAAGAAGCAGGCCCCAUCUAUGGAAUCCAAGCUACAGCAGUUAGCUGGAGCAUCUGGGGAACAAGAAUUAGUUCAUGAUGGAAAACCAACAACUAAAAGGAAUUUUAGUAUGGACACUGCAUUGGAAGACAAGAUUUAUGAUCUCUACAACCUUUUUGCUGAAGGGUUAGAUGAAGGUUCUCGCAAAAAGUUGUAUGCAGAGCUUGCAGAAUUAUUUCCAAAUGGUUGCAUGGACAACCAUGGGAUCAGGGAUGCAAUUCACAGGUCGAGAGUGAGACACAAAGCACUGUACAGCAGACAUAAGGAUCGGGAGAAAAUCAAGAAGAAAAAGUUAUUGGCUCCUCGGCAAGACGAGAAUGUUCAAUUUGAUGCUAGUCCAAUUACUUCGCAACAGCACAUGCGAGAGAGAUUAGCUACAGACUCUAGCAGUCAUACUCAUGCUCCAGUAACCAAGGCAGUUUCUAAUACAGUCACCGCUGCACGGGUUAUCAAUCCUUCUGUGAAUGGUCCAAAACAAGAAAAAGCAAAGGGAAUUUCAGGUGGUUCUGUGGAUGAUGUCAGGGGUGCAGAUGGUGUUUUAAUAAAGAAGAAGGUAAAGAGAAAGCUAGAACAGGGCUCAGAAGGAACUCAUUUUCGCUCCGAGAAGAUGGCAGCUUCUUUGCAAGGAGAAGAAAAGCCUAGGUCCCUGAAGCAGUCUGCAGGUGUGCCCCUCAAAUCAAACAUUCGGCCAACUUCUCUUCCUGGUCUUGAGCAGUCAAGUUAACAUGAUAUAACUAGGAUGUUUACACAACAGAAUGUCUUCAUAUCCCCCUAAUAUUUUUUGGCUCAAUUCAUAUCCUACUCACUUUUACCAUUUUUGUAAUUAAUGUCCUUGCAAGGUUCCUUGAAAUAUAGGUAGAUUCGUUUGUCAA